UCUGUAUAGGGGUUGUACAUAGCAUGUGACAUUCCUAAAACUGUACCUGCCUUUCAGGGAGAAGCGACGCCCACAAGCCAAGCACAAUGGAUAGGUAACGGUUAACUAUGGAAAACAAAAGUAGCCAAACUAGACCACCAUUCUUUUCACGUGACAAGUUACAUGGAAGGCUUUCAGAAUUUAUUGGAGACGAAAAGGGAAUCAAAUAUUUAGAAGUUGCGCGUCACAAUCGACGGGAUUCCACAGAGGGCUGAUGAUCACUGCAGAACUUGCCAAGUGCGUAUUCAUGCAAAUAAAAAAAUCAUAGGCGUGCCUUUGGCGAUGGAGUCACAGCCCGAACUCAGAACUCCUAGUAUACCAACAAGCUCCAAAGACGGUGAUGCGCACAGAUCGGAUGCACUGAGUGACAGCCGACGAGGAAACGUUUCACGCUCUAUAAAGAAAGGAAAAGGCAGAAGUGACGACUAUCUUUGAGAGAAGAUCUUAUUUACUGUCCUCCCUCAUCUCACGACAAAAGACACGCGAGUCAACGGGAGUUAGCAGCUGGUCAUUUCUUUACUGCGCACUGAGUAGCCUAUUUCGCCUUGAUUUUAUUUAUGUUACAGUAUAAUAUAGAGGUACUGCACUCUGACUGAAGAUACCGAUGUGGAUGAAGUUGACAUUGCUCCUCAAUAGCCUACUGUCACUGCGCGUAAAAUCCACAUUUUGGAUACGGACCUGUCUCUAAAGAAACUUCAUAGUCAAUUGCCGUUUAAUUUUCUCCACGAUGUCUGAAGAACAUAGUUGCACUGGUGCUAGUCCUAUAACUGAGGUUGAAAACAGCAAUAUCAGCGUUCUCGGCUGGGAACAAGUGCAGCGCCUUGAUGCUAUCCUGACAGAGACCAUUCCCAUCCACGGCCGUGGAAACUUCCCCACUUUGGAGAUGAAACCCCGACAAAUAGUGAAGGUGGUGCGUAGUCGAAUGGAGGAGAGGAAUAUCCACGUCCGGGACGUGCGGUUAAACGGUUCUGCUGCAAGCCACGUUCUUCAUGAGGAUAGCGGACUGGGCUACAAGGACCUUGACCUAAUCUUUUGCGCUGAUAUGAAAGGGGAAAGUGAUUUUCAGAUUGUGAAGGAUAUCGUUUUGGACUGUCUCCUGGACUUCUUACCUGACGGGGUGAAUAAGCAGAAAAUAUCACCAUUGACUUUAAAGGAAGCCUAUGUACAGAAGAUGGUGAAGGUGUGCAAUGAUUCAGACCGCUGGAGCCUCAUCUCCCUCUCCAACAACAGAGGAAAGAACGUGGAGCUCAAGUUUGUCGACUCUCUGAGGCGGCAGUUUGAAUUCAGCGUGGACUCCUUCCAGAUCAAGCUGGACUCCUUGCUGCUGUUCUAUGACUGCUCUGAGAAUCCCAUGGCCGAGACCUUCCACCCCACCAUCGUGGGCGAGAGUGUGUUUGGGGACUUUGAUGCUGCCCUCGACCACCUACGCCAGAAGGUGAUCUGCACGCGCAACCCAGAGGAGAUUCGGGGCGGCGGUCUGCUCAAGUACUGUCACCUGCUGGUAAGGGGCUUCCAAGCCGACUCCGAGACGGAGAUGAAGUCCCUGCAGCGUUACAUGUGCUCGCGCUUCUUCAUCGACUUCUCGGAUAUCAGCGAGCAGCAGCGCAAGCUGGAGUCCUACCUGCAAAACCACUUUGUGGGCCUGGAGGACCGCAAGUACGACUACUUGAUGACCCUGCAUGGGGUGGUCAACGAGAGUACAGUGUGCCUGAUGGGACAUGAGAGGCGGCAGACCCUGGGGCUGAUCGCCAUGCUGGCGGUGCGCGUGCUGGCCGAGCAGAACGUCAUUCCGAAUGUGGCUAACGUCACCUGCUACUACCAGCCUGCCGCCUACGUGGCAGACGGUAACUUCAGUAACUACUACAUAGCCCAGGUACAGCCCAUGUUCCACUGCCAGCAGCAUGCCUACUCCUCCUGGCUACCCUGCAACUGAGACGGCACAGGGAAAGGAAGGAAGGAAGGAAGGAAGGAAGGAAGGAGUGAGAGAGGGGGAGGGAGACUCACUGUAAAGUGUUUUUCAGAUAAUUGAAUGAGAAAAAAGGUAUCCCCAUGACUCUCCAACCUGUAUUGAAUUUAAUUUAGUCAUGUUCUGUUAGAGAGUGAUGGUGGGGGGGGGGGAGAAAAUAACAGUUGGGUCUCAGCUCCUGUGAGGUCCAUCUUAAAUCAAUGGCAGGACAGUUUACUGUGAAAAUGCCACCCUGUCUGACACCUAACCCAAGCUUGGGGAAGUAUGGGAUGGGGUUUUGCCCAAUACAACGCAAACAAUGAUGGACAAGAAUGAAAGCAGCAGAAAUACUUUCACUCACCUGGAUUGACUGACUCUGUUGCAAACUGAAAAGGCCGUUACAUUGAGCGAUUGACGGACAAUAAUGUGUGGCUGCAUCUGUGUCCUGUGGUGUCCAGCUGCCUCCAUGGCUGUGAGGAGGAUGCAGGCCCCUUUGCUCUCUGGGGGGGGGUGUGGCUUGCACCCUGAAGCGUGCUGGGCAAUGCCCCAGCAACACAGGGGUUACUAGAGCACCAUAAAACUCCGUUUCUGGUGCGACAUCGUCACAAGCUUUGAGUGACAAAAACUACACCUUAACUUAGUAAUGAUUGAUAUGAACAUGAUGUGUUAACGAACCAAAGAUUUUUCAUUUAUUGUUUUCAAUACCCAAGUUUGGUGGGGAAGAAAAACGACAUAUAAUGCUAUCUAUAUUUGUAUAUGUGAACACGUGUUUUAAGUGCCUAAUGCCUAUCAGUAGUAUAGGUAGAGGAAUAAUGAGCAGCAGGCCAUAUCAUUUUGUGAAUAAAUCCAGUUUGAUUUUCGUCAGGCACACAAGACAAUAGCACCCCAGUGGCUUGUGAAUGUAACCGUGAAAUCCUGGUACAGUCUGUGUUGAUGUCAUAUCUUUUGGAAGAAAACAACAUAUCCCCUUGCAGUCAUAGAGUAUUAGUCGAUGGGGGAGAGAUGGGGCUUUUGCUGUACUUUGGACAAAGUAGUUUGACAGGUUGAUGCAUGACCUCACGUUAAACGUUUGCGGAUAUUUGAAAUAUUCCAGCUCCAAUUAACAAUAGCAGUACCUUCCUCAUAGGUGUGUUGAAGCCACAGAGGCUAGUGCACUAUUCUCCGUUGCUCUCCCGUAGUCAUUUUCAGACAAUCAAACUCCACAGGAAUAUUAGUUUGUGCCGUAGUGCAUGUACAGAGACUGUUUAAUAUUGUUUUGUCGUUCAUGUUGACUGUUUCAGUUACUGUAUAUUCAGUUUCACACGGUUUAAACUUUACUGUAUUUUGUAUAGGGGUGCUUAUCUUUUAACUCGCCUUUUGUAGCACGUUCACAGCAGGCUGAGGGAUUGACAAAACCACUUUGUCGGAAAGAAAUAGGUCGAAAAAAAUAAACACAGGAGGUAAAAGAUGCAGAACGGAUGGAAAAGGCAGAGAGAGAGUCGGUGUGUGUGUUCCUGUGCUGCCUUCUAGGAUGAUACUUGCUGAGGCACCCUAGCAGGGAAUUACGCAGCUGCCGAAGAGGUUGAACUAAGCUGGGCUGUGUUUGUCGUGCGUGCACUCGCUUUGGGUCGGCUGCAUACCUACCAGACAAUGUUGUGCCAAAUGUUUAUCUGCCGCUUGCCCAAUGUUGAAUGAGUGUUCUGCCUUUUGUCGAUGGAGAGCGAGGUUGAGGAUGUGUUGUUUUUAUAUUGAAGGACAGAUAUUGAGCUGUA